AGAGGCUGCCCUUCCUUGGUUUGGGGGUCAUUUCUCGGAGUUACGUGUGAUUUUUGACAUUAAACCCUCCUCUGUCAGCAUAGGCUGCAUGAGUUGGGGGCGGGCACGCUCUAUCCUGUUCGGCGGAGGGGCCGCUCUGCUCUUGUCGCUACUUUGGAUGCCGGCGCUGCUGCCUGUGGCCUCCCGCCUUCUCUUGCUACCCCGAGUUCUGCUGACCAUGGCUUCAGGAAGCCCCCCGUCCCAACCCUCGCAGGCCUCGAGCUCCGGCUAUGUUCCCGGCUCGGUCUCUGCAGCCUUUGUCACCUGCCCCAACGAGAAGGUCGCCAAGGAGAUCGCCAGGGCUGUGGUGGAGAAGCGCCUGGCAGCCUGCGUUAACCUCAUCCCUCAGAUUACAUCCAUCUAUGAGUGGAAAGGAAAGAUUGAGGAGGACAGUGAGGUGCUGAUGAUGAUUAAAACUCAAAGUUCCUUGGUUCCAGCUUUGACAGAUUAUGUUCGUUCUGUGCACCCUUACGAAGUGGCCGAGGUGAUUGCAUUGCCUGUGGAGCAGGGGAACUCCCCGUACUUGCAUUGGGUGCGCCAGGUUACAGAGUCAGUUUCGGACUCCAGCACAGUCCUGCCAUGAUGAGCCCGGCUCCUGCCAUGUUCCAUGUUCCCCUUGUAUACUUCAGUGCCGUGUGACUUCCAGUAAUGAUUGGACCCCUAAUAAAUUCUGUCUGUGGUUCUUUC